GCACUUGCGAUCGGAAGACCUCAAAAUGGUAGAGAGCUAAAAGGGAACCAUGGAAAGCAAAUAUAUUUGAGCUAGGAGAAUUGAUAUCUAUUUUGCGAUUUUCAUGAAUUUACUAGAACUAGCUUCAUCAGUAUUGCAGGGAAGCUGGCUUUGAUUCUGGAGAAGUGCUCUCUGUAUUAUCCCUGCUGUAUCCCAUGACAAGGAAGAUUGAGCAAUUCGACCAGGAGGAGGAACCAAAAACAAGAACGAACGUCGUGAUGUGAAAAGUUUCCAACGAUAAAAAUGGCUACAACGUGGGGAAACGAUGAUGUCUCCUCAUUUUUGACCACAAAACAUUCCUGGAGGGGAAGGUAUAAACGAAUCUUUUCAAUCGGUUCCAAGGCAAUUACAACAUACAACCCUGUCAACCUUGAAGUGACAAAUCAGUGGCCUUACAAUGAGUUUUAUGGAAUCAGCCCAAGUGCAAAAUCGCCUGGUGAAUUCAUUAUCAAUGUAAAGAAAGGUAAAGAAGGAAGAAAGACACAGUCUAUGACUUUUUCAUUGGACCAAAGAGCUGAACUUCUCACAGAUGCAUUGCGAAUGAGAAGUAAUUUUGCAGAAUGGAAAGGUCAAAAAGAACCUAGAUACAAUGCAUUUAAACACCAUUGGAGUGAUAAUCGUGUAUCAACAAUUCUUCAAGUAACAGCAUGCUCCUUGGACCAAAUCAGUCCUUCUACAAAUAAGAAACUUUGUUCAUAUGAUUAUAAAGACAUGGAGGGUAUAACAUUGCUAUCAGAUUAUCCAGGGGGAUUCGCCAUAAUAACUGGAGGAUUCAGUAGACUUCAUUUGUUUGCAUGUGAGCAAAGAGAUGAAAUUAUCAAGAAGGUCAUGGACACUGCAAUCUCUUUUGUUGGCAUAUCGAUACAAAAGAAGAAAGAGCCGAUUACUUUUAAUGUGUUUAUGCUGCAGCGACUUGGAAAGUUCAGCGAUGAUGAAUCAGUAACCUCGUUAACAGAAUUUAGAGUACAGAAGGUCACGCCCAGAAGCUCGGACCCAGUCACUAGAGUGUUCUCUUUGUCGGAAACGUGCAUUGUAGAAAGAGAUCCAGCAACGUACCAUAUUGUAUCGCUACAGCCACUGUCAUCAGUCUUUGCCUUGAUCAGACACCCAGAAACGCCCCAGCUCUUUACUGUUGAAUAUGUAAAUGGUACUUCACGGCAAUAUCUCUGUCCUGAAAGGGAUGCCCUUUUAGCAAGCUUAAUGGAUGGAGUCAGAGCAAGUGGGAAUCAAGACAUCCACGUGAAAAUGACACCUACGAAACGAGGACAAAGAAUGGCUCCCUUUUAUAAAACAGUUGAUGAGGAGGUAGAAAGUACUCACUUGAAAUUUUUGCAAGCACCACCUGGGAAAUUUUUCGAUGCAGUCUCUAGAUUUAACAGUAACGUCGCUUACAGUGGCCUACUGCAUGCUGUUACACAAGAUACACUAUUUGCAGAAAAUAAAGAGAAGUUGAUUGUCCAAGGGAUUGGUGCACUUCUCUCAAAUGAAUAUGAUGUUAGCAGUGUUCCUGCAGAAGAUCUGGAAGGUUUCUUUCAAGCACUUAGGAGACUGGUGGCCUCAAAGGCUGGCUUUGAAGCUUUCACAACACUGCAUAGAUUUCGUGAAAAAGUCGGCUUGAAAAUCGUCAAAGCUCUGAAACGAGAAGACGAUGGUGUAACUCAUGCUGCCAUUGACAUGCUGGCGGCUUUAAUGCAGCCGAUGCAUGAAAACUACGACUUGAAGCAGGAACAACUUAACAAAUCUUCCCUACUUUCGUCAAAGAAGUUCUUGGAAGAUAUGCUUGAUAUCUUCAGCAAACAUGUUAUGCGUGGCACCGGAGCUCUUGUCAUAAGUGCAUUACUUGAUUUUCUAACAUUUUCACUUUGUCCGCCCUAUAGCGAGACUACAGACGGCACCCAAUUUGACACACUCCUGGAAAUGGUUGCUGGUCUAGGUAGAUGCCUGUUUAGAUUGUUUCAACACCCAUCGGUUGCUAUUGUGAAAGGAGCGGGCAUGGUGAUGAAAGCGGUUAUAGAGGAAGGCGAUGCUGAUAUUGCUGCGAGAAUGCAGGACUUAGCCCUUGCCGAAGGCGCUUUGCCUAGACAUCUACACACUGCCAUGUUUACGAUGAACACCAAUGACAGUCGUCUGCUAACAAACAGGCAGCUCAGCCGUCAUCUCGUUGGCUUGUGGGUAACUGGACAUCCAACUGCCCUUGCCCUCCUAAAAAGAGCCCUGCCUGCGGGAAUGCUGAAUUUUCUUGACUCAACUGACGAGGUUCCAGAGUCAGAGCUAGACCGAAUGCACGUUCGAGACAACUUGAAGGCUGCAGAGGGAUCGUCAAAAAACAAACGGCCUCGAAAUUUGGAAAAGUUUCUUACUCACUGGAGAGAACGUGUUGGAGAAAAAGUCGGAUUGAAGCCGAAAACUGACCCAAAUAAAGACAGACCCGUGGUACUUCGAAAGAGAAGACAGCGUAUCAAGAGUGAGGCUAACUGGGACCUGUUUUAUUAUCAGUUUCAACGGGACCAUUCCAACCCACUUUUAAUUUGGAAUGCAAAGACAAGGGAUGAGCUAAGAGAUGCAUUAGAUGCUGAAAUGAGAGCAUUUGACAUGGACAAGGAUCUGAGUGGAAACAGAUUGAUAUCAUGGAAUCACCAAGAAUUUGAAGUGCAAUACCAAUGUCUUGCAGAAGAAAUCAGAAUUGGGGAUUAUUAUUUACGAGUACUUCUUGAAGAAGACAGUGAUGAAUAUCCAAUCGUGCAUGCCACUGAGUUCUUCAAUGAUCUCUACCAUCGGUUCCUUUUAACUACCAAACCGGACAUGAAAGCUCUCUGUCUUCAGGCCAUGGCCAAGGUAUAUUCGCGUUGUUUUGAAGAAAUCGGUUCUUUCAACGACACAAAGUUCAUUGUUGGUAUGCUUGAUAGAAGCUGUGACAAACUGGAAAGAGAUCGUCUCCUUCUAUUUUUAAAAGAAUUACUGAAAAAUAAGAUAAAUGUGAAGCAGUACUUAGAUGCCGGUGGGAUGAAAAUUCUAGUGGACUUGGUUGUGUUAUCGCAUCUGCAUGUAAACAAAGCAACUGUACCGUUCCAGACAAUGAUGAUUGAAGGCUCCGGAGAAAACCAGUUUGGGAAUGAGCAAGAGUGGUAUUAUGGCAAUGGCGAAAAAGAGCGAAUAGGACCAAAAAGUUUUUCAGAGAUGAAAGAGCUAUGGAAGGAUGGGAUUUUACGACCGACAACAAGAUGUUGGGCCCAAGGUAUGGAUGGAUGGAGGCCGCUGCACAGCGUAUCACAGUUGAAGUGGUGUCUCCUGGCAACAGGAAACCCAAUAAUGAACGAAUCCGAUUUGGCAAUAACCUGCUUGAAUAUGCUGAUUGACAUUUGCAAGUGUUACCCUAAUAGGGAUACUGAUGGUGCUAUAGUCAGACCGCUACCACGUGCCAAGCGAAUGCUUUCAGAUGCAUCAUGCCUUCCGCAUAUUGUGCAGUUGCUUUUGACAUUCCACCCAACAAUUGUCGAAAAAGUAGCACAGCUUCUUCUAAACAUAUCAAUCGACAAUCCGGUAUUGCCAAGGCUUUAUAUGACUGGGGCCUUCUUUUUCAUAAUGAUGUAUACAGGGUCAAACGUUAUCCCGAUAGGAAGGUUUCUUCAAGAAACGCACGUGAAGCAAGCAUUUCGCACAGACGAGAAUAGCAAAGAAAUACAACAACGAAGCAUUCUUGGCCACAUUCUCCCAGAAGCAAUGAUUUGCUACCUGGAAAACUACGGACCGGAAAAGUUUGCAGAAAUAUUUCUGGGCGAAUUUGAUACACCAGAAGCCAUUUGGAGUAAUGAAAUGAGACGAAUGAUGAUCGAGAAGAUAGCAAAACACAUCUCAGAUUUUAGUCCAAGACUGAAGAGCAAUAUACGAGCUUUGUAUCAGUAUUGCCCGAUACCAGCUAUCGAUUACCCACAACUCGAGAACGAGCUGUUCUGCAAUAUCUAUUACUUGCGCCAUCUUUGCGACACUACCAAAUUCCCAGACUGGCCCGUGAAAGAACCUGUGAAAUUGCUGAAAGAGAUUCUAGAAGCAUGGAAGAAUGAGGUUGAAAAGAAGCCUCCAGAUCUCACCAUUGAGGAAGCGCACAAUGUCCUCAAACUGCCACCUGGAAAAGAGCACACCGAGUCUUCAGUACGAAAAGCAUACUACAGACUUGCUCAAAAAUACCAUCCUGACAAAAACCCAGAAGGAAGGGAUAUCUUCGAUAAAGUUUCAAGAGCUUACGAGUACUUGUGCAGCAGUAAAAAGCAAAUAAAUGGUCCAGAUCCUGAAAACAUCGUUUUGAUUCUAAAGGCGCAAUCAAUUUUAUUCAAAAGAUACAAAGAUGUUCUUGAGCCUUACAAAUACGCGGGCUACCCAAUGUUAAUCAAGACCAUAACAAUGGAGGCAGCCGACAACAGUUUAUUCUCGAAGAAAACGCCCCUUCUUCCAGCAGCAAGCGAACUGGCAUUCCAUACUAUAAAUUGUUCAGCUUUAAAUGUGGAGGAGCUCAGGCGAGAAAAUGGAAUUGAGGUAUUGCAAGAAACGUUUCACCAUUGCAUCCAGUCCAUAUUAAGUGACUCAAAAAUGGAAGAUGUACCUGUGCAGAUCAGUGUGAAUAUUGUAAAAUGUUACUCUGUCGCUGCCUUAUUUGAAGAGUGUAGAGAGAAAAUAACUGAAAUACCACAGAUCGUCCACGACCUCUGCCGUAUUUUGCAUUGCAAGAAUUUAACACCUUUAUGCUGCAUCGUUGCGGAAUGUAUCAGUAACUUUAGCGUCGAUUUCUGGCUGCAAACACUGUUUCUCCAGUCCGGAGCCCUUUGGCAUCUGUUGCUGUUUCUAUUCCAAUACGAUUACACUUUAUCAGAAAGUGGAGUUGAAGCAUCUGCAGAAUCAAAUCAGCAGGAAUUGGCAAACAGCCUUGCAAGACUCAGCAUCAGAGCGCUCGCUCGGAUGGCCGGCUUUUUAGAUGCACCAAACAACACCCCGGACAAUCCAGCGGUAAAGAAAUCACUCACAGCAAUGCUGACGUCAUAUGUUACGAAAAAGCUAGUGAAAGAGAGUCCACAUGAAAUCCUUAAACUGUUGAAUAGCAACACCGAGAAUCCAUAUUUGAUUUGGGAUAAUGGAACUCGAGGAGAACUUACAGAUUUCCUGGAAAAACAACAGAAAAUGAAGAUAGAAAGGAAUGAGUGCGAUCAAUCCUUCGGAGCAGAAUUCGUUUUCUCGGACCAUAACAAAGAAUUGAUUGUUGGGGACAUUUUCGUUCGAGUUUACAAUGAGCAGCCGACAUUUGUUUUAGAGGAGCCACAUAAAUUUGGAGAGGCUUUGAUAGAUUACCUCGGGUCCCAAGCACAGUAUCUUCACUCGCUAAUGGCAUUGACGUCAUCAGAAAUAGACACAAGUAAGACCAGUGGACACCGAGAUCGAUUAGACAAAAUAAGAAUGGCUCUUGAGGCAUUGAGGAAUGUUAUCAAGAAUUCUCCAGGUGUUGAAGUUCGAUGCAUCGGCCAUUUUAAAUUGCUGUUCUCCUUACUACGUCUUACUGGCGCAAAUAAGCUGCAGCAGCUAGCACUAGAGGUCAUAGCUGGUGUUACGGGCAACAGCAAAUGCGUGGCAAACAUCGCUGAUGCAGAUGUUCUUGCUUACUUGCUCCUCACACUCAACACCCUUCCUCCAAGUAGAUUGCUUGUUCUUGAUACCUUGCAUGCAUUAAUAUCAAACACUAAAAUUGUCAAAGAGGCCAUGUCAAAGGGUGCUGUUAUUUAUUUGCUGGACUUGUUCUGCAAUUCUUCUAAUCCAAAUGUCCGAUCGCGAGCGGCAGAAUUAUUCUCUAAAAUGAUGUCCGAUAAACUCAUCGGGCCUAGAGUCAAGAUUAUUUUAUCCAAGUUUUUACCUUCUAUUUUCAUGGAUGCGAUGAGGGAUAGUCCUGAGGCCAGCGUUCAUAUGUUUGAAGCAAAUCAUGAAAAUCCUGAAUUAAUUUGGAAUGAUGAAGCGAGGGAAAGGGUUUCGGCUACUGUGAAAAGAAUGAAAGACAACCAUUACAUUGCACAGAAAGAUGAUCCGUACGUUACCUGGAAGCUCCCUGAUGAUUUCUCGAUUACUUACGAUGACGUAGAAGGAGAGUUGGUUGUAGGUGGCGUUUUCCUGAGGCUGUUUAUUGCUCAACCAAAUUGGGUUCUUAGAAAGCCAAAGGAUUUUAUGGUUUCAAUAAUGGACAAAUUUGUCAAUUUAACGUCAAAAUCUGGAGGCUCUGAUGAGGUGUUGGAGACUGUCACACAAGCACUCGUCUGUCUCUUCUCUGCCCAACCCCCACUUGCUGAUCAGGUGCCUGCCUUGGGUCAUAUUCCCCAAAUUUUCCAAUCAAUGGCUUCAUCAAACAAUGCUAUACCUAAAUCUGCAUUACUUGUUAUCCACUGUUUGUCAGACAAUGAGAUGUGUGUUAGAACAAUGGCACAGACAGAGCUUGAGGCUAUAAUUAAGGCGAUGAAAGUGAGGCCAGAUUGUUUGAAUAUCGCAGCUGAGGCCCUGAAUCGAAUGUUCGAGAAAGAUAACAGCGAACUUGUAGCACAGGCAAUUCGGGUCGAUUUAGUCCAGUAUCUAUUGAGUCUUCUAGAUGUCCCCCUGCGUGAUGUAAAGAAUCCUGCGGGUUGUAAGGCCCAAAUUGUCAAAACCCUGAAAUCGAUGGCAAGAGAUUUAAGCCAUGGAGGAGAGGUAAAUGCAAUUUUAGAAGGAAGUCAGAUAUGGUCUUCAUACCGAGAUCAGAAGCAUGACUUGUUUAUAUCAGAGUCAUCCCAUGCUGGCUAUCUGACCGGACCGGUUGGAGUCGCAGGUUAUUUGACACAGGGAGCAAACAGUCCGGCUUUGUCGGCCAAUCCACCACCCAUUGACCAUCACGAUGAUUAAUUUGUCCUUUAUGACAGUGAAUCAAAAUAUCAAAUCAAGAUUAGCCUAUUCAAAUUAUUAUUGAUCGACACUUUCAUUAAUUAGUUAAACCAGUGAUAGCGCAUUUUUCCAAGCAUUUUCAUACAAGUGAACGUUUAAAGAAACAGGGAAACUUCAAAUUGAAAUACACUUUUUUGAAUUUGAAACCAUCACGCCAAGGUCCUGUCCAGUUUCUAUGCAAAAACAGCUGCAGUAUUACACCUAUGACAUUAUAUAUUCACUUAUUUGCGUAUGAGUAAUCUCUGUCGGAGUUUAUUUGGCUGUCUUUCGCACGUGGCACUAAGCAUCGAAUAUAGCACCCAUAAUAUAUACCUCAUUCAACAUUGCACCCCAUCUGACGUAACCCAAAAUGGAGUGUUUUGUAGUCAUUUUAUUAAUAAAGCUUCCAUAAAUUAAAAAAUCGGCCAUCCGCGUCUUCAAAGCGAUGUUGUAGUUCAAAAAGACAAUUGACUCUUAGGCAUUUAGUAAUUCGUGAUUAUCUGUAGAAAAAGACGCCCGAAAUAGACCUUCUAGAAAGGCUCCCCCAAAACAGUUGAACCAUUUGUCAAUAACUCUGAAUCUCUUUUACCAAUGGCCACCCACCCCUCUUACUUCACAAGGUUCCAUCAACACUAAAUAUUUCAAGGACCUCAAUUAAGCUAUUUGAAUUAACUAUACUGAAUGCAAGAUUCGUAUUUCGCCCUGGAUUGUUGCAAUUUCUAUGACAUUGAAUUUUGUUUUAAAGAUAAUGUUAUGCAACAAACUUCAAUGUAAUUUUGCUACCUCAUGCAAAGUUUAGGUCGUUAGUUUACUGAUAUCCCCAAUGUUUUUUGUAUUCAUCAAGCUCUGAUUCCUAUAGAAAUUUUAUUAUUUGAAAAAUCUGCACUUGAUAUUGUUUUUAAGUUGGCAUUACUUUCAUGUAUACUAUAAUUUUCUGAAUUUUAUAUGUUCGAUAAUUCCCUGGAAUUAAAUUACCUUCUUUGAUAAGAUAUUUUUUGCUUAA